CAAACACAAAAUAAAGCAAAACAAAACAGUAGUUUGUUGUUUUUAAACGUGGAUCCUUUUAAUUUAGGUGGUUCAAAAGAUUUACGAUUAAAAUAGUGGAAGAUUCUUAGGAUAUCAAACAAUGACUAUCACCCCUCUGGAUUCCCAAUAAAUUCCUCACUUCGAAGCUGGACAUGGCUUUCGUUGAGGACACGAUAAUAAUCCUCGUCUCGCAGGUCUUCUUCUUCAUAGGAGGAUGGAUCUUUGUGGUAAAGCAACUGUUCCGGAACUACGAGAUCCGGCAUGUGUUUGUGCAGCUGAUAUUCUCGAUCACCCUGUCACUGUCACUGACCAUGUUCGAGCUGAUCAUCUUCGAGAUUAUCGGCUUCCUAGAUUCCAGCUCCCGGUAUUUCCACUGGAAGCUCGGUUUGACGUUGCUUCUGAUUAUGGUCAUUGCGUUGAUUCCGUACUACAUAGCCUAUUCCGGCAUCAGUAACAUCCGUUUGGUUCCUCAAAAGUGGGUCAAACCGUUAACGACUUUCAUUUGGUUCUGCUAUCUGUACGUCUUUUGGAGAAUCGGCGAUCCGUUUCCUCUGCUGAGCGUUGAUAGAGGAAUCUUUACAAUAGAGCAGGCUGUUUCCCGGAUUGGUGUCGUAGGCGUAACUGUAAUGGCAAUCUUGUCCGGUUUUGGUGCAGUAAAUUAUCCAUACACCAGCAUGUCCUAUUUCAUCAGACCAGUAUCACAGAGUGAUGUAGCAAACAUUGAACGAAGACUAAUGCAAACGAUGGAUAUGAUUCUGAUAAAGAAGAAACGGAUUGCACUGGAUCGGAGGAGAGCUAAGCCGAAUGCCAAACCCGGCAUUUGGGGCAUGAUCAGCAGUGUGACGCAAAGACCACCGGGAGCUGAAAAUAUAGGUCAGCUGAGACUGGAAAUAUCGGCGUUGGAGGAACUUUCAAGACAACUCUUUUUGGAGGCACAUUCUUUGAAAAACAUGCAAGAACGAGAACGAUGGGCAGCAACCUUGCAAGGGAAAUAUUUCAACGUACUUGGCCACUUUUUCAGCCUGUACUGUUUGUGGAAGAUCUUCAUUUGCACGAUCAACAUAAUUUUCGAUCGAGUCGGGAAGAAGGAUCCGGUUACUCGUGGCAUUGAAAUUGCGGUCCACUGGUGUGGCUUCGAUAUGGACAUAGCCUUCUGGAGUCAGCAUGUAUCUUUCUUGCUUGUCGGAUGUAUCGUUGUGACUUCCAUUCGGGGGCUGUUGCUGACCUUGACUAAGUUCUUCUACAAAAUCUCGUCCAGCAAAUCGUCGAACAUCAUCGUCCUGGUGCUAGCUCAGAUCAUGGGCAUGUACUUUUGUUCCUCGGUGCUGUUGAUGCGAAUGAACAUGCCCGCAGAAUAUCGGGUCAUCAUAACGGAAGUGCUGGGGGGUUUGCACUUCAACUUCUACCACCGGUGGUUCGAUGUCAUCUUUCUUGUGAGUGCCCUGACGACGAUCGUUAUCUUGUAUCUGCUGCAUAAACCCCCGAAUGUCGAUACAAGUAUGUGAUAAGAACGAUUAGCUAAGUGUCUAAAUAUCGGUAUGUAUUGAAUCCUCACCACUUUGCUGGAAGCCGAUGAAAGAAAACUACGCAAAUUUCAAAUUUUUUGAGGUCAAAUCUUUGAGACUGUACGCUUUGGGUGUGCUUAAAAGAGUAGACAUCAACAAUCUUUAUUGAUUUUGGAAUAAGCUAAAGGUUUUCAAAAGCAUGCUCUGAAGUAAAACCCUUCAAACUCUAGUUCUCAUCCAUGUGGAGUGUCCUUAGAUCAGUCCUGAAAACUCUUGAAAAAACCAAACUUUUGACUGCACUGAGUGAUCGUUUGGCUUUUAAACCAACAUUCCGUUUUUCGGUAGCCAUAUAACGAAUAAUACAAAGGUUCUAGAAAGUUGUAAGUUGGCGACACUAGUCAAAUCAAAAGAAUCAUCAAUAUUUUUAUUUCACUCAUCCUGCCGAAUCAAUCGAGUCUUUAAAAGAGCUUAUCAAAAAACUUUUAGUUGAAAAAUAUCAUACAAUACAUCCUAUUCCACAAAUUAUUUAUGAUUGUUUCGUCAAAGUUAAUCAACUUUAUAAUUCCAUAAAAGAACAAAAAUCUUGUCGAAAUUUUACGAUUUUCAAACGUUUUAGUUUUACGCAAAUUAUAAAUUGUGAAUGAGAAUCAUACAUUUCAUAAGGUGAGUUGAAAUAAAACAUUUCAAUGGUUACACUAGUGAAUUCUAUUUUAUUUUGUCAAGAUUAAUAUUUUUUACGAUUUUCUACAUGUCAAACCAUAAUUUUGAAAUUUUAUUCUACCAUCAUGUCAAACUAUUUUGAUGCUUUUGGCCUAAGAGUCGUCACUAUGUCAUCUUGUAAUAACAUGUAUUUCAAAAAUCUAUGCACUUGCAAAGAUAAGUUGAAGAUAAAAAUUCAACAAAAAUAACGAAAUUUAGAACUUUGGUUUCCGUAAAAGCCGAAUUUUCAUAAGCAGUACCAGUGCGCAAUAAACAAAAUGUAUGAUCGCUUUGCUUAACAUAUGAAAUAUAUUCGAUAAGUUUCCCAUUAGAAACAUUUGGGAACUGAGCAAUAUCAUCCACUGAUAAGUUAAAAAAAAGUUGUAUUUAUCAUUAUUAUUUAUCUUGAAAAGCGUUGAUCAAAAUGAGCAAUAAGCGAAAUUAUGACCGAAAAUAUAACCGAUAAGGAGACCCCUAAAACACGAAAAAAACCAACGGAUGUAAAUACUUUUUUUAGCAUUUAAGUGCGUACACUGCAUGUGACUGAAUGGAAUGACUGAUGCUUAAGAUUGCAUACAAUAAAAUACUAUCACGGAAGUAAUACGAACAAGAA